AUAAGAUAUAGCAGCUGAUGCCGGGCAGGAAGCGCAGAGUGACUGAGCCGGCACUAGUGCAGCAGCUGCAGAGGACAGAUCCCGGAGCCGCUCACCAGUCACCAGAUUCUCCCCAGUGAAGCCCCCAGCUGCAGGACACGAUGCAGAACGUGCACGGUGUACUCCUUUCCUGUCUGUUUGCACUUCAGGUCUGGGAAGGAAUCUGCCAGGAGUGUGGUAAAGGGGAGUACCUGGACAGUAGCGGGCAGUGUGUACCCUGCGUGAGAUGCCCUGCAGGACAGGAGCCAGAUGGGUUCUGUGGCUUCGGGACGGGCUCCGGUGUUCGCUGCCGCGGCUGUGCGCCAGGCACAUUUUCCAGUCGCCUGGACAUGUCUGUCUGCAUACUGCACAUCCAGUGUGACAAGCGCAAUAGGGUCCAGCGGAGUGCCGGCACUGCCAGAACGGACGCCGUGUGUGGUGACUGCCGGACGGGGUAUUUCUCUCUGGUGUCCAAUAGCGUCAGCACCUGCAUGGCGUGCUGGCUGGCUGCCCCUGAUACGGUGGGCUGUGAAGGUCAGAGGACGCUGAGAAAUCGCUCUCCGCGGACCCUGGAGGCUGAGGGUAAGCCGGACCCCAAGUCCACCCUGAACAGCACCCGUAAGGGGACGCGGGAGGACUCCCGGACGGAAUACGCCGUCCUGGCCAUAGUGCCCGUGUUCUGCAUGAUGGGCCUGUCCGGCAUCUUCCUGUGUAACCUGCUGAAGAAGAAAGGGUAUCACUGCACCGCGCAGAAGGAGCAGGAUGCGGAGGCUGCCCCAGAGAAGGACGGUAUUAUCCCUCCCGACAUGUUGGAGGAGAAUGGAAAUGAAGACACCAUUGGGGUCCUUGUGCGUCUCAUCACGGAGAAGAAAGAAAAUGCUGUUGCUCUGGAAGAAUUACUGAAGGAUUAUCAGAACAAGCAGAUCUCCACGAUAGGAAACAAGUCGCCCCAAAGCAGGCUGCACCUCCUCCCCCAAAUGCCAAACCUCUGCAAACACCAGCAUCACCUGCACACCGUCCAGGGUACAGCCUCCCGCUCCGGAACGUGUUGCUCUCGUUGCAGCCAGAAGAAGUGGCCAGGGGAAUUUGCAUCUCCGCAGCCUGAACCGGUUCCUGCUGCCGCUGCCAAAGCCGGUAGACCUGGGGCCAAAGCUGCCAGGGCUGGAGAGAUCACCAUCCUCUCUGUGGGCAGGUUCCGGGUAGCCCGAAUACCAGAACAAAAGCCGAACCCCCUAGAGGUGAAAGCCGCUUCUGACCUCGCCGUUGGAAACGUCUGCUGUCUUCCUCAGAAUGAGGAUUCCGAGCAACGCGUUCUGCUGUCCAACACCGUGAGAGCCAAGAAUCGCAGUCUAGAAGAUACCAGCAAGUUGGAGGAUGUUAUCUGACUCCCCUCCUUUCCAGAACAGCCAUUCACCUACACAACUCCAAGCCGUGGUGGUUCGGUCCUCCUGCCGGUCCCAGGAGGACUAACAAGGAAGAACAAUGUGAAGUAUGGCGCCGCCCUGUCUGUACAGCACCUCAUUGCACUGCAUUUUAAACCUAUUCUUAUUCCACGACAAUCCCUGGAAACUUCAUUUCGGAUACAGAUGCGAGAUGGGGAUCUCCGCAAGAGAAAUGCGUCGGGAGCGUUGGCCUGAUGCCAUGCUUCAUAUUCUCGUGGUCCGUGGAUGAGAGACUAUGUGACGGACAUCCCAUCGGAGGGGUCAUCCAGUGCUGCAUUAUGUCCCCUGGACUGGAGAAUCGGGCUCUAGGCCUGGAGUGGGACGAUUGCUCAUAUUCUAUGGGGAGAGGGAGUACGUCCUCCCUCCUCAGACUCUACAAACCAAAGCUGCUGCUAUUAGUGUUCAUUUAAAUGCACAUCCUCUCUUUGUGUUUGUUUUUGCUAAUGUAAGUUUCCCCAGAGCAGCCUGCGGAGUACCAUCGCUGGGGUGCAUAGGGCAAAUCAAUGUGAAAGUAUUGACACUACAUGGGUAGAACACGUGGCUGGCGGAGCCUGAUAUGAAUAGUCUAUGCAUACAACCUGUGCAGUUUUGUAGCUAUAUGGCACCUGUGGUACUACAAGUAACAGCAUAUCCUGCCAGCUAGAGGCUGGGGCUUGUAGGUCUGCAACAGCUCAGAGAGUCACUACCUGUAUACUAGGGGUGGAGGCCACAGAUAUACCAUACGGGUGGUAUUUAGGUUUGCCGGCUGUUGGGAUCCCGGCACACAGUAUACCGGGGCCGGAAUCCCGACACCUUUUCUCCCUCUUGGGGGUCCACGACUCCCCUGGAGGGAGAAUAGAUAGCGUGGCGCGCGUAGCGCACCACCGUGCCCGCAGCGAGCCCGCAAGGGGCUCCUUUGCACUCGCCCGGCGGUCAGGAUUCCGGCGCCGGUAUGCUGGCCCGCCGGGAGCCCGGCAGCCGGCAUAGCAUACUACACCCAUACCAUACAGGUACAAGUUUUAGCGUUCAGCUACCUGAACUACAAAUGACACUAGUGAUACAUAGAGUGUAUGUUAUAUCUACGUAUAAUGUAACUGACGAAUACACAUGUAAAAGUUUAUAUUUAUAACCUGAGUGUACCAGGUUUAUUGUGCUGGAAUUGUAGUGACUGUAGAUGCUUUGCGGUAUCGGAUAUUUAAAGACCAGGCUGUUCGUGGUUCGCUGGAUUAAGGCGAUAUCGCUGCAGAGCUGUCCGUUGUCCCUGUACUAUUAUCUGGUAGUUCCGUAACCUGAGCUCCAUCUUGGUGACGGAUGAGCAGAAGUGCUGCGAGCUCCCUGUAACCAUGUGAUCUGUCCUGAAGCUGGCGCAGCUUUUGCAGUACACGAGUAUUAGUCCAUUACUGAACUCCGGCUCGUCUCUGUCCUGUUACCGGCUGUCACCUCCUGGCUUCUGUGCGCCGUGAUACGGGUCCUGCUAAUCGUCUGCUUGGCUGACCUUGUCCCCAAUCUCCUUGUGUGUCUGUGUGUGAGCAGAAAGCAUUUAGGAGCUAUUGGAACAUAAUGUCUGGCAUGUUGGGGCCAGUAAAAGCUGGGUUAGCGGCGUAAUGUGACCCCGGGCCAUUAUCCUGGAAGGGCUGCCUGGGUGUGAUAGCCGGGGGAUGUUCUGACCUUUUGUUCUUGGAAUAUGCGUCUACUUUCAGAUGCUGUUUGGCAGCACAGUAAGAAGCAUGGACGGUGACAGAGGACUGGGCCGGUGAGCUCCAGUGCGCGGCAUCACUGAGCUUCUGGUGAUAGGAGACCAAAAAAGCCCCCCUACACGAGUACAAGCGCCAGAUUCCUCUAACCGUGAGGAAGCGCCAUAUUCCAUUAACGGCAAGGAACGAGACGGGAUAUUAGGGCGGUAAAACAUGGCUUAUAUUUGCUUGUACCCGUACAGGAGCCAGCGCGCGCCACCUGUACAUUGUAAUGGAACCUCUCGCCUAAGAGAAACUGCCCCUAAGUGCGCUGGGUACAGGUUAGCGGUAUAUAAAUGAGCCUCCAUUUUGUGCUCUGAAUCAUUACUUACUUUCUCCAACAUUAACAUUUCUGGUGCUAAUGGUACCCCCAAAAUCUGAAUCUGGACGCUCGGGCGUAUUAGAUGGGUGAACACGGUCUGUGGAAGAGUUACUGGCCAGACUAUGGUUCUGGUGCCGUCUGGUACUUAUCGGACAGGGCCGGCUCCAUUUUCUGUCACCAGUCUCCAGUCUGGGUCCGGGCAUUAGCUGAGGUAAAACUAUUUAGGAGAUCCUCCUAAUAAUGAAUGCGCUGUCUCCAAAAGAGCCAUAUAUUUUAUUUCUCGCUUUAUAGUGUGCCUUACAUUGGGCGGAGGCGGCCAUUUUGUUAACUUCGGUGUGUCACUAAGCGCCUCAGUCAGGUCACUAGUGCCUCAUGAAACGUCCAGAAAUUUAUUCUUGUCUCCACCCUAUGUAGGUGAUGGGUACACUGUCAUGUAACACGUUUUUGCACGUUUCGCCUCUGACUGGUCCGUAGCAUUUUGCCGGGGGCGUUCGCCCGAGCUGCUUAUAGCUUCCAAAACUUGAAUCUCAUGACUGUCUCUUGUGUUUUUUAAAAUUAAUUUAUUGAUGCAUAUAUUUAUAUUUUUACAAUCUACUCUUUGAAGUGGGGCAGGGUUACGUGGCUGUCUUGGAAGUGUUAAAUUACCCGUUGCCUGAAGGGUGUGAAACAGUGUAGUGGAUAUAGCGCCAGGCUGUCAUCGUAGACGAGCAGUGUUAUUACUGACCGGAAGGUAUUUAUAUACUUGUAUAUCUGACUAGCCAUCACAUGUAGUUCUGUGCUGUGUUGGCAUAAAGGCCCGCUAAACUUUAUUAUAGAAAAAUUAUUCCACCCUGAAAACAUGUCCUGUUGGGGGUACUUGGGGACUGAAGUUUAAACCACUGCUUUAAAGCUACAUUUACCCUUUAAAAUUAAUAAAAUACGCACCCUCUUAUCAGUCCUUGCUCCUGUCACAGUAUGGAAACUUGUCCUUUAUGCACAUCCUGUAUACGGCGUUGCUUCACAGUGUUGUAGUAAUUUGAGUGCUGGGUUUAGUGGGCCAUUUGAUACCAGAGGUUACAUCUGUACACGUCUGCGGAACGGGCAUCUAACGCGCGACUCCAUUCUCUCCACGGUCCCCUGUGGUCUGUAUAUUCAGAGGUGGGUUGUAGCAAAAAGGGUACAUUACAGUUUUUAAUGUAUUAUUUAGUAUAUCUAGGUUUUUUUUAUUUUUUAGUCUAGUAUUUAUAGAACAUUACAGCUGCCUGUAGCAGAUUAGGCUGUGCUUACAUACUGGGAUUUACCACGCAAUACUUCCACAGCCCGCCACAGAACCAGCCACCAGCCGUUGUGUGGCGCUGGAGAGAUUAGUGGUGAGAACGCGAGUGCUGUACGCAUGGACCAAUCAUUGUGUGACUAUUUAUUUUUGUUACUUCUGAACGUUUCUUUGAGUAUUAAAUAAAAACAUUUGUUUCUCAUC